UUUCUUUAUUCUUUACUUCCAGUUUUUAUAAUGAUCUACUCUAAGGUAGCUACCCAGGCUCUUCGCUUGUCCUCGACCAUGCACCGCGCCAAUGCCGCCCGAUGCCUUUUCUCAACAUCCGCAGUCACCGUAUGUAAUGAAUUGCUGAAAUAAAGGAAGAAGGGAUAUCAGCGUAACUUGGUUUCUGUUAUGAGCAUAGAUGGAUCGCCAAACUGCCAUUGGAUUCAUUGGCCUGGGACAAAUGGGACAUGGAAUGGCUAAAAACCUGGCCGAAAAAUCCAAAAGAGAAUUGUAUAUCUAUGAUGUGAAUCCUGGUGCCGUGGAAAGGUUCUCCAAGGAGUAUCCCGGCGUUAAGCCAGCAUCGUGCCCUGAAGAAAUUGCUGAAAAGGCGUCCACUGUUAUAACCAUGCUUCCUGAAUCACAACAUGUUCAAAACGUUUACCAAUCGCUUUCAAAGACUAUUGACGAAAGUAGCGUACUGAUUGAUUCUAGCACAAUUGAAGCAAGUGUCGCGCGUGAACUAGCCGAGAAUGUGAUGAGCAAAAAGGCUAAAGCCUUCGAUGCUCCCGUUAGUGGAGGUAUCAUUGGUGCAGAAGCAGGCACACUCACGUUCAUGGUAGGCGCUCCUUCCCUGGAAGGGUUUGGAGCGGUCAAACCCAUUUUAGAGUGGAUGGGACGUAAUGUGGUUUAUUGUGGUGACAACGGCACAGGACAAGUGGCAAAAUUGUGUAAUAAUAUGUUGCUUGGUAUUUCGAUGAUUGGUGUCUCGGAAGCUAUGCUGCUUGGCACGCGUCUUGGUAUGGAUCCUCACCUCUUGGCUUCUAUCAUUAACGCUUCUUCGGGGCGAUGCUGGAGUUCAGAUACCUACAAUCCUCACCCUGGCGUGAUUCCCGGAGCUCCUGCCACCCGCAACUAUACAGGCGGUUUUAGCAACAAGUUAAUGGCAAAGGAUUUGAGACUCGCUAUGAAAGCCGCUCAGCAAGCUAGCAAUAACCCUACUUUGGGUGCCACUGCUGCUCAAAUUUACAACGAACUGGCUGUCACAAAAGAUUUCGAUAGCCUUGAUUUUUCAAGUGUUUACCAGGUAAAUUCACAUAAUCCACAAGGAAAAAAAACCAAGGCGUGUUUUGGUCACUAAAAAUGUUUUUUCCAGUGGUUGGGAUCCAUCCAGCAAGGCAACACAACUCACACUACCGAACCCAAGAAAGAAACUACUGCGUAGAGAACAUGCACGUUAUAAAGUAUCCUCAGAGAGGACAAACGAAAAAUUGGCAGUUAUUUCUUCUGUUGGAUUGUCUCUUUCUUUUUGAUAUCCAGAAAAUUAUUUUGGGUAGCGCAUUUCGUAUAACUAAACAUACACUUUCCUUUGAACGUUUGCAGCAGUCU